UAUCAGUACUAAUAUAGGUUUCUACUGGUAGUAGUCAGUGAUCUUUAAUUUAAGCAGAGUUUGAUUCAAGGUUUAAAAUACAACACGAAAUAUGGACUAUGUGUUUUUAUUUCUCUUGAAUAAGACACCAGACAAUCGUGUGUUCAAUGAGUGACCAAUUCAGACGCAAAGGGAGGAAAUUAAGGAACAUGUUAUAAACUUAUAUAAUCGUGUACUUUAAAACUUACUGAAAAGUUCUCUGGAAAAUAUUUGAAACUGUGGUUAGAACCCAUUUGGGACUUUUCGGUUUUGUUUGUACAAUUUGAUUUAUUGGUUGUGUUAUUGCCGACAGAGGAUUGAUGGAGUUGUGGGCCUUGUUCGGAUUUGAUUUGAUUCUGUUGUGUACGCUAGUGGCUGCUAAGCCUGAGAUUACAGGGUUCACCAAAGUCGUGAAGAUCAAAGAAGGAACCAGCGUGAACGAAGAAUUGUCAAAGAUCACGUGUCAUGAUCCCGAUGGUGACAAGACAACAACCAGCAUCACGUCGAUGGUGCCCAACAACCCGUGUAGUCUGUGUUUUGAGGUGCUUAAUAAUGGCGCAGAUGAAAGUCUCCAGUACCGUGCCGGGGUUGGAACCCUAGACCACAGCUCGGCGCCAUCCUACCUUCUCACCCUGACCUGUAGCGACAUGAACCACGAGUCCACCACAGAGGUCAUAGAGGUCACGGUCUUACCCAACACCCCGCCCCACUUUGACCCAGAUAAGUUGUUUGAUAGCGCGACCAUGAGUGCUGGAAUGACCUCUGGCACGGUUGUGUACCACGCUCAAGCAGACGAUGAAGAACAUGACGACAUCAAAUAUUCCUUGCAGGUACUGCCAGCGUCAUCUGCCGGAAACUACGUCAUCGAUCCAGUUACCGGAGAGAUCAAGACGACGGUUGACUUAAAGAGAGAAUGUCGCAAUGACGUCACCUUCAAAGUCGGCAUCAGCGACGGCACCAACACCGUGGGACCUCUGGUUAUAGACGGCUCCAUACCUGACGCCAAUGUUCCUCCUGUGGCCGCCAAUCUGGACACCACCGUCCAAGUUCCAGAAGACGCUACCGGCACCGCCUACAAGAUGCUGUUCUCUGACGGCAACGGUGACCCCGUGACCUACACGGUGACCUCUAACAACGCCCCUGGGGUGGCGCAGUUUACCUUGGACGGCAAAAACCCUAACGUCGACAUUGCCGGAGCUUUGAACUACGAAGACCUGGCGUCCAGACAGACAGACCUUACCAUACAGGCCACUGACGGCUUCUGCACCUCAUCCCCCUACCACCUACGUCUAAAGGUGACAGACGUCAACGAGCCGCCCAAGAUAACCCCUGAUAGGACGGAAUUUGAAGUCUGCGAGGGGCAGCGAGAGUUCGACUCACACCUUCACGUUUUAGACGAAGACCAACCGGACACCCAGAGGUGGACCCUACUGCCCAUGACCUCUAACCCCGAGGGUCAGUUUGGCAUCGACCCCACCACAGGAUUCCUGAAGACUCUGAUGGACUAUGACGUAGAUGUCGUGACCACGCCAAGGAGGAAGACAUUUUACGUGCAGGUCGAAGACAAGGGGGGUUUGACGUCAUCUGCUACCGUAGAGGUGACGUUCGUCGACUGCAAUGACAACGCACCAAUUUUUGACAUACCUGAUUACACCUUCGCUGCCACGGAGUGCACCUCUGCAGGCACCAAAAUUGGGACAAUCUCUGCCACAGAUAAAGAUUCUUCACGUGAACAGAACAACGUCAUCUACUACCAAGGAUCGGGCGGGGGUGUCAGUGUCGGCAGUGGAGGGGAGGUCGUCAUCACACAGGCCUUGAAAGCUGGGACGGUUGUCACGUUUAAUGCUUACGCCUACGACAGGGGUCAGACGCCCGGGCCGCUUAGGAGUAAAAACCCGGCUGUCAUUUCCGUCCGGUUCACGCCAUGUCCGACAACUCCACCACCUAGAUCAACAACAAAGCCUCCACCAACCACAACCACGCCAACUACAACAACCAAGAAAUAUUCCAAAAAGGGAGAUGAUAACCUCCCCUGGAUCAUCAUAGCGGCCCUGCUGGGGACGUUCCUUAUGGGCGUGCUGGGAUAUAUGCUGUGGCGCUAUGGACACCUGUGUCUUCGCAGCUGUAGGAACGCUACCUGUGGCCGGAAGUGCUGCAAGACUCGACCCAAAAGUAAUAAGUAUUUGUAUGUAUAUUUGAUGGCGCAGGCGUUGUUUGAAAAUUCAACUGACAAGGAGUAG